AUGGAUUUGAAUGAAGAGAAUAUAAUAUAAAUAUUAGGGGAGUUUAUGGCUUCAGAUGGACUUUAAUAUUAUACUUAGAUCUAAGAAAUAUUCUCAUGUUUAUCAGAUGAAGAUUGUGAUCAUCUAUUUUUUGAUUUCAUUUUAGGAUUUCUAAAGAAUGAACCACCUUAUAAAUCAUUAUAAUUAAUACAUGCUUUUUUAACAGCAACUUCCUCACCUUAAAUUUAUAUUUGUGAAUUAAUUGAACAAUAAUAUUAUGAAAUUGUAGCAAUUCACUUGUAAAUUUAUAAAUUUAAUGAUAAUUAAAUCAAAUAAAUAGUAUAUGAUAAACUUAAAGAGUAAUCUACUGAUUAUAAACUAAUAUUUAUGCUUCAAAGAUUAUAUUUUCUUCUUGAUCCAAAUAAACAAGAUAGUGCAGAAUAAAUAUUUGCUAAUAAUUUAAAAAUUAUUCCUUAGAUCUUUUCAACCAUUUAAGAAGAUACUUUAGUUCAAUAUCUAAAUGUUUAAUCACUUAUGGUUCCUUUUUGCAAGGAGAUUUAGCAAUAAAAGUUAAUUAAAUUGUUAAUUCUAAUAAAAUAAUAGAAUCAUAAUAUAGGUAUAUAAUUGCAAUGGGCAAUAUAUGAAGUACAUCAAUAGAUGGGAUAUAAUAUUGAUCCACCAGAAUUAGAAAAUAUUGAAAAUACCAAAACCAGAAUUUCAUAUAAAUUGUACUAUGUGAAAUAGAAAUUCAUGUAAAACAUAAAACAAAUAUCUAAUUUAAUAAAAUGUGUUGAAGAUGAACAAAAAGAUAAUUUUAAACUCUAUACUUAGUGGCAAUUGUAGUUAUGA